UGAACUGGAUCGACAAGGAAUACCCAUUUACCCUAACAGUUUAGCCCUGUAGUUAGCGGAAGAUGAUGUCAACAAAAGUAAAGGGUACAUUCUAGCUAUUGCUAAAUGGAAAUUGAUCCAAAUUACGAGUUUGAAGCUCCAAAAUGGGUCGACUUUACAGCAGAUUUCGAAGAUGAACUCAAUGAGUCGAGCCUCAACAGUUCAUGGUUUGAGAAAGUCCAUCCACUUCAUGAACCAAAGGACCCAUUGCAUCAUGAUGCAACUGCCAAGCCAUUGCUUGCUUCUGCACAAGUGGAAAAGCCUGCCACAAACUCAAAACCACAGUCCCAUAAACUGAAGAAAAAUUACAAUAGCAAAAAGUCUCUUGGUAUAAAGUCAAUCCGUACACAACGAGGAGAACACGAGGGCAUGAAUAUUAGAGAGAACAGUGGAAAAGGGCAAAGAGAUGUGAAGUCAUUAACAGCCAAAAAUGAUGACAAGAAAACUACACAAAGAAUUAGUUCUGAGGAGGGGAACUUAACCCCAGAAAGAUUAUUAAAACAUCAUAAACAGUGCAGUUUCACACCACCAUGGAUAAACUCUCCUCAGAACAGACCAGAAAGUGCAUCACAAGCUAAGAAGAGAGAUGGUAGAAGCUGUAGUCUGAACAACAUGGCCGUCUUUUCUCCCCAACGUGUCCCUACUAAUCAGUCUCCGAUGUCUCCUGUGCCAGUGCGAAGUGUUAAACAGUCUUACGCAGAGUCUGCUUCUUCACCAAAGACAUCUCUGCUAUCAAAGGCUGUCAGUGGAUCUCAGAAAGGUAAUCAACCUAGGAGGAAAAGAAGACUCUUGCCAGCCACUCCCAGCAUGAACAAGAAUAGUCCAGGUGGCAUUUAUACAAGUCCUGCAUCGCCUAGUCAGCUGGGUCAUCAAAUUGGAGGCAAAGAGGGCAAAAUGAAUGAUCAAAUGUCCUGCAAAGAGGCCGCUUGUAGUGUUUCUAGCAUGCCUCUGCGAGCAGUAGAUAAGUCACAAGCUGUAACUCAAGAACACCUUCCAGGACACCUUCAGAGUAACAGUACUAUUAAAAGAGAAUUUCAGGACAAAAAUAUGUUUAGUCAAAGACCUUUAGAAGCAAUUCAUGAAAACAGUACCAGCAAAGGAAAACCAAGCCAGUCCCUCGCACAAACAGACAGUGAAAAGAAUACGUCCCCAAAGCGUAAAACAGUAAUGCAAUCCAAUGAUUUAAGUCUGGAAGCACUGUUAAAACAACACAACAAGAAAAUUGCAGCUGCCAGGAAUCAGUAUGAUGAAAAUGGACGCAAAAUCCGAACUGCACAGCCAAACUUUUGUCCAGCCCCGGGCCACAAGACCUUCUCUUCGUCAUCUUCAGUAAUGUCCCCAUCCACUGCUUGCAAACGACCUUCAACAUCUGCUGAACCUGUGGUUGGUGUGAAGCAGAAGCGACGCUCUUGUGUUGCUGCUAUGAGCAGCACUCAAACUGAACUAGCUACGUUAAAGAAAAACUUAUUAUCAUCAAACAUAAACAGGAAGGGAAAGGAGGAUGUUUGUCAACAAACAGCAAAGCAGAAACGUCGUUCAUGUGUUGCUACGUUUGGAAAUGGUGGACAUGCAAAGUUAGACAAAGAACUGCGAGAUUUAAUCGCCCAACAUAAUUCAAAAGUUAAAGCUAAGAGAUCUUAGAUAUUUUCAGGGUUUAAGUUAAUUCAAGUGCAAGGUGUAGGCAUGUAGGGUCAUAAAUGUUCAUGUAAUCGUCAGUUAGCUAUCAACUGAUUUUGAUUUAAUACUGGAAAUGCAAAUCAGCUCAAGGCCAUUUUAUACAAAGUGGAAGAAAUGGGCUUGUGAUUGACAAAUGUCUGUGGCACGCAUUUGUCUAACCUGUCUUUGAAUAGCAUGAAACUGAGUUGAGAAGUGAUCUUCUACAUGUUACUUGCCAUUUGUGGAAAUAUCACAUAUUUUGGAGGCUUUCAGAAAUAUACCUCGUAGAUUUUUUCUAAGAUGUGUUGAUACUUGAGUGGAAAUUUCACUUCAGGAGUCAGAGACAUGAAUGUUUGACCAGAACGAACACUGGUUUUAGAUAAUGGUUUGUGACAAAGAGGUAGUUAAGUUGUAAACGAACAAACUUGAAUAAAUACC